GGGAACCCCAAAUUGGAUUAGAUCAUGAUUUUUUCGGACCACGGGCCGAGCUAACUGCUUUUGUCUUAAGGUUUUUGUACCGCGUACUCCGUAUCCUUUAUCCUCUUCCUGGCUUCGAUCUGGUAUCUCUAUAUGAUGACUCUAUCUCUCGGGUAUGAUCAGGCUGCCUUGAUGACCGUCACCAUGGGUAUGCUCUUAGGCGGCGGGGAGUGCACUAUGUAGUAGAGAUCUGGUGACGAAGACUGGAGUGGGCUCCCUCUAGAAUCUGCGGGAUCUGAAAGAGCGAACCCGAAGGACAACUCUCCAUAAGAACUACAUCUCGUCACUGAAUCGCUCCAACAACUAGCAUCAUCCUUGCCUUUAGUACCGUCUCCGAUGGUUGUUUUUCAUAUCUUCAUUCUGUACCGUUCCUUCAAUAUCGAUUCUCGGACGAAUCGGACAAACUGGAAACACCGACAGAAGUUCUUCCGCACGGAGAUAUCGGCAUUAACGGGUUCUGGCUCGCAUCAGCCAGAAAAUGACAUGAAGGUCUCGGAUGCGGAGUCGGUGCAAAACCAGGCCGAAGGCAUCGCAAGCUACGUACAUGACUCCUAGGUGGUUUUGAUCGCAUCCAAUAAAAAAACCCCGAUUCUGUUUGCCCAGCGCGGAGUGUUGCACAGGAAUCCCGUUUUAAGCCAGCGCUGCCUCCCAUUCUUUCUUAUAUAGCGCAGUCCAGUCCAGGCGCAGUGGUCAGCAAGCAUGCAUUGCUUUUUGCGACGCUGGUCUUACUUUCGCUCAUACACGAAAUUCGCAUACCAACCUCGAAGCGCGACUCAAUUCAGGAUGGCAUCAUCCACAGCGACCGUUGUCUACGCCUUGACCGUAUCGGCAUCUCCUGUGCGUUCAGCGGACCCAAAGGAUGCCAGCAAGAAAGCGCAUCAUGUCAAAAACGGAUUUGACAACCCAUGGGACUCCUGGAUCGCACCAUUUAGCAAACAAUAUAAGGUUCUCUGGCGUUUGGCAUCUGGCAAAGCCAAUCGCCCUGAUACCACUCCGCCAACCGUCCCAGUAAAUAAACCAGAAUUUCUACCCAGCCGUGAAGCCUCAAAGUCUUUGCGUGCCACAUGGUUAGGUCACGCUUGCUACUAUGUUGAGUUCCCGGGUGGUCUUCGAGUGCUGUUCGACCCUGUCUUCGAGGAUCGAUGCUCCCCGCUGUCUUGGCUGGGGCCCAAGCGUUAUACAGAGCCGCCUUGCCAAAUCGCGGACAUACCUACCAUCGAUGCGGUCGUUAUUUCACACAAUCACUAUGAUCAUCUCUCCCUUCCAACCGUCAAGGAUAUCCAUAAGCGACACCCGAACUGCCAUUUCUUCGUCCCUUUAGGAAAUAAGGACUGGUUCAUCAAGACCGGAAUACCUAAUGUGACGGAGCUCGAUUGGUGGGAGGAGCGCGAUAUUACUCUCUCUCCCUCGCAGCCGGGCACCGAGGUCAAGGCGCCUGCUGAGGGCAGCACUUCAAAGCGGGCAGAUAUCAGUGCUCGAAUUGGAUGCUUGCCUUGUCAACAUUUCAGCGCCAGGACUCCCUUUGACCGAUGCAAGACUCUGUGGGCAUCGUGGUAUGUGGAGUCCGGGGGUCGCAAGGUCUACUUCGCCGGAGAUACCGGUUACAGAACAGUACCCGAGCUACCAGACGGCGUGGAUGACCAUGCGCCAGAGUACAACUUCCCUUCAUGCCCCGCGUUUAAGCAGGUCGGAGAAUUUCGAGGUCCAUUUGAUCUCGGCCUGAUUCCCAUCGGCGCGUACGAUCCGCGAUUCUUCAUGAGUCCUAUCCACUCGGAUCCUCACGAUGCGGUCGAGAUCUUUAAGGAUACCAGGUGCAAGCAGGCACUGGGAAUGCACUGGGGAACCUGGGUCUUGACUGAAGAGGAUGUCUUUGAGCCUCCAAGGAAGCUCAAAGAAGCGUUGAAGAAGCACGAGAUACCUGAAACUGGAGUGUUUGACAUAUGCGAUAUUGGCGAGAGUCGAGAGUUUUGAGAUUGAGUUCGAAGUCUAUAUAUAUACCAUGGGUUGGUUAGGUGUUUGGUUCUCAUAUAAACUCUAUAUAAACUCCUCUUUCUUGGAUACUGUACAAUAGUAUUUAUCUCACAUCUGAUAUGAUAACUCCAUCAUCUAUUAUUCAUGUCUCCACGAAAUACCCU